UGUAAAGUUAACAGUCCUUACGCCUUUCGCUUGGAUUGUCUGGCGAGGCAACUUAAUUGUCCCAGUGGGUGUGGUCAAAUUUCCCGUCAUUGAACGCGUCAUAGCUCACAAACAGUCAGGGGGCGCUCGCACUUAAAAGUUGCAUCUCACCUGCGCACCUGACACAAAAACCUCCGCGCACGCCACGUCGCCCGCAUCCCCAGUCUUCUCGAGCCCCGAGGAGAUUUGUUCAUUCGGAGUGGAAAGCAUGUUGGCCUGCACGGAAAUGAUCACCAUGUGCCUGCAGUCGGCGAAGAGCGAGCACGCUCGGACCCAGCGGGAGCAGCAGCAGAGCAGGGGCGGCCGAGGGCUCAGCAUCCUUCAUGAUAUAUUCCGCCGGGCAGACAAAAAUGACGACGGCAAGCUGUCAUUUGAAGAGUUCAACGCUUACUUCGCUGACGGUGUUUUGACAACGGCACAGCUGCAGGAGCUUUUCUACUCCGUCGACGGGCGGGAGAAUAACAAUUUGGACACCGACAAGCUAUCAGAUUAUUUUUCCCAGCACCUCGGGGAGUACGUGAACGUCCUCUCAGCUUUGGAGAAGCUCAAUGUGGCCGUUUUAAAGGCCAUGUAUAAAACUAAAGAGGAGUACCAGGAUUCCAGCGUACUGGGCCAGUUCGUGACCCGGUUCGUGCUGCGAGAGACGUCCGCUCAGUUGCAGUCGUUGCAGAACUCGCUGCAAUGCGCCACGGAGGCUGUGGACGAGGAGAGCGCCCCUGCUAUUAGAAAGUUGGAUACGAGUCACCGGAGAUGCGGUCACGGUUUCCCGAACGUCUCAAACGACAUCCCCCCACGCGCCCGAAACACAAACGAGGAGGCGGAGUGGAACUCGCAGAUCGCCCGGCUGCAGCUGCUGCUCGAUCAACUGGAGUCUCAGGGUCCCAAGUUGGAGCCCCUGAAGGUGGACACUCCCGCAUCCACCGCCAACAUUCUGCUGCUCCAGAGGAAGAUGGCCGUGAACGCCAGCGAUGUGGACAACUUCCGGAACGUUCUCAAGAGCUACGUCGACGCGACGGCAGCCCACUCGGAUAACCUGCACGUAUCCGUGCAGAAGGUUUCGGAAAAGUCCUCUUAUGUGAUUUACGAGUUCUGGCGAGACCGGGCCUCCUGGAUGAGCAACCUGCAAUCCAGCAGCAGCAAAGACUUCCAGCGCUGCGUCAUCAACAUGAUGGAGGACACCGAGGCGGUGUCGACCAUGUUGCUCCCAGCUUCCUGGUGGAUUCUGACUAACAACUGAAUCCACACGCGUCACAUCCACUGCCUACGAGGAUGUCUCACGGACGCCGGCGCAUCAACCGAACCCACCCACCUGCAUGGUCGCACACGCACAGUCGGGAGGAUUGAAACCGCAUCCAUUUGUUUGAAGGCCACGUCGCCAACCCUGCCUGCUCCGGAGAGCUUGUUGUCAUCUUCAGCUGCUCAUUAUUCCGCUUUGAGACGAGCUACACAAUGGGCAUAUUGUGUAAUUACAGUAUGUCGCUUGUGGAAAACAUCUAACCGUCGAAUAUGCAUGACGAUACUAAUCAUAAUGAAUGUGUUUUUAUAUAAUAUGGAGUACUAGUAUAGCUAUAUGUGCAUUAUAUUGCGGGAAACGGCGGUUCAGAUUGAUGUUGCCUUUUUUAAGACUCGCUAAAAUGUACGUACGGUAAGUUGACUUAAACGCAUUGGACCUGACUCCACAUACAGGACUGCGAAAAUUAAUUACCAUAUGUAACGUUUGUGACUGCGAGGUAAGACAGCGACGAUGACGCCGAUUUCAUCCCUCACAAUUUAACUGCUAGCUGGUCCAACAUGAACUACGCAUCCUGCCAUUCACCGUAAUUCCAGGCCUACAGAGCGCACCUGUUUAUAAGCCUCACCCAGUAUAUUUGUAAAGGAAAUACUAUUUGGUACAUACAUAGGCCGCAGCUGUGUAAAAGCCGCGAGUGCCCACAUUGAAACCUGAGAUAUUUACAAAGAAAGAGGGUACACAGAGAGUUUAAUGCUAGCACCGCUGCGCGUUAACGCUAACGUCACUGCGCUAAUGCUAGUGCCGCCGCGCUAACAGGGUCGUUUAGAUAAAAACAUGCUGGUAAAAAUCAGGGCGGCAUGGUGGGUCAGCUGUAAAGUGUUGGCCUCGCAGUUCUGAGGUUGAGGGUUUGAUCCCGGCCCCCGCCUGCGUGGAGUUUGCAUCUUCUCCCCGUGCCUACCUGGGUUUUCUCCGGGCACUCGUCCCACAUCCCAAAAACAUGCAACAUUAAUUGGACACUCUAACUUGCCCCUAGGUGUGCUUGUGAGUCUGGCUGUUUGUCUCCAUGUGCCCGGCGAUUGGCUGGCAACCACUUCAGGGUGUACCCCACAUCCUGCCCGUUGACAGCUGGGAUAAGCUCUAGCACUCCCGGCGACCCUUGUGAGGAUAAGCGGCUAAGAAAAUGGAUGGAUGGAUGGAUGGCUUAGUUGGACACUCUAAAUUGCCCCGAGGUGUGAUUGUGAGGGCGACUGUUUGUCUCCAUUUACCCUGCGAUUGGCUGGCAACCAGUUCAGGGUGUACCCCGCCUCCUGCCCGUUGACAGCUGGGAUAGGCUCCAGCACUCCCCACGACCAUUGUGAGGAUAAGCGGCAAAGGUAAAAAUCACUGAGACACGGCAGUAACACGCUAGCGCAGCGCUAACAUGGCCGGGCUGGUAAAAGUCACUUCCUCGGCACAUAUAUUCCACCGGUCUCAGUCUUACCUUUUCCGCUCGAGCGGCCCCCUGCGGCCGUUUGGAAAAAAAAGCACAAAUUAGCCGCGUCGCCGCAUAAAGUUGAAAAAAGUUGCGGCUUAUAGGCCGGAAAUUACGGUAUGUUGAUGAAUUGAGAAGACGAAUUAAGAAAGAAUACAGAGAUUUGUUUCGGAACUAUUUUGAAACUAUUUCAAAUUGCGAAUUUAUUAGUACAGUACAGCAAAUAACUCGAGUUCCAACACCGAGUGCAAGGUGGCUCAAUGGCCCAUUGUAUGUUUCAGCUGAGCAAGAUUGUAUGACUUUUGAUUUAGAAUUUGUUUAUCCGAAGGAACGACCUCUUAAAAUUUGGCGAGUGGCUCAACUUGCUUGAUUUUUGCCACAGUGAACUCGGGACUAAUUUCAAACUCGCGGAUUCCGUAAAAGUAAGUGACCACAAAUUGCACCAGAUAUUUUUGCACUAGUGUGCACACAAGAGCUCGAUCAGCGAGGAUUGCCCUAAAAUAAGCUUUUUCAUUCCCCGCGUAAAUUUGGUGUCAUACUAUGUGAAAAUCGGCAGAUCAAUGAUGUACAGUACUUAAUUUUAACACAUCACGCAGACAGAAAAGUCCGAUGAAUGGUUCCUGUUGUGUUCCGGUGCUGAAAAUGGGCCAAACUUGUACGGAAACUAAAGUCUGUUGAAUAAAACAGCA